AUGCUAGAGGAGAAAUACGACGAGGCUCAUAAGAGUCUGGAUCCACAUGCUCAUGCUAAAAGAUGCCAAGAAAGCCGAGCAGGAGGUGUCAUCGUCGUGAUCCUCGAACGACUGUCACAGCUCGGAAUUGCUUUGCCUCCAGGAGCUCAGAGAAUCACUGUUGAAAUGGAGAACAGCUUCAAAAUCAUCCCAACGCGCACGAGAUUAGCAAGAAAGCAGAACCCACAAUAUAAGCCAGAAUACAUCAAUCGCAGGAGAGUCGCAGGAGACCCAGAUUGCAGACCAGAAUACAGCGACUUCCCAGGGCUGCUUGUAUGUAAAGCAAUCAAUGCGUGCAAAUUUUCGAAGGAGCCCGAGCCUAUCUGGACUACUUUGUACGGAUUUGAAGACGACGCAGACCCCACAACGAUUCACGCCUCACCAUACAAUAUGUUUGUCGACCUUAUGCUUCCACCAACGAAUUCUUUGAAAACCGUGGUUUGCUCAUUCGCAUCCCACUUUUUCACGCAAGUAUACCAGGAUUGGAAUGAUAUGCCGACAGGAGUAUACUACAUACUGAAUUGA